AUCCCCGUCGAUUCCCAGCCUCACCACCAUCAGACGGACGUGGCCCUGGCACCGUAGCCUGUCCUCAGGACCUCUCCCGACGACGUCAACAGCUCUGGCCAUCGCCGCAUCUGCGCUCCAACGCUGAGGCUGAAGCUCGGAACUGCUGCCACACUGGAGAAUGCGUGACCCCGCUGCCUCUCUCCUCCAUACCUUCACUCUCUUCAGCUCUCCCAACAGCACUACUGUCAUACAUCCAGCAGCCUCGAGUCUCCACCAUGGCGACUCCACAGACCCCAGCCCCGCCUGCUGCUCUCCCUCUGGAACAGCUGAACGCCAUGGUCAACGCCGUGCUCAUACAAACCGGCAAAAUCUUCAAAGACCCCAAGCUCGCCAGCUCCGCCAAGAGCGCAUACAACCUCAAGCGCAUCAUUCCCGCGACCAUCGACCGCUUCCAAAACUCGCUGGACGAGCUGGAGGAUGAGAUACACCGUGCCCAAACUGUCUUCCGCAGGGACCUGGCGAUAAUACGAGCAGACCGCAUACAACGGGAACAAGCAGAAGCUGCAGAGCGACAGCGCGUGGCGGCAGAAGCAACGGACAGGGCCUCAGAGCCUGCAGAGGCACAGAGCAAGCCAGACGACAUCAUGCGAGGCGUCGAAGAUCUCUUGAAUGAGCCCAAUCCACCUGCAGUCAAGGAGAAAACACCGGAAGCCCCCCCGCAGCCUGAACCAGCAGCCAACCCACAACCUCCUCCCCCCUCAUCUGUAGCGCCAGCAUCAGCACCUGCGCCGACAGCCCCUAUGUCCCACCCUGCACCCAUCAAUACUGACUCUGCUCCGGCCCGGGACCCUCUCUUCGAUGCGACACCUACCACCGCAAACAUGCAGGACACGGAAUACGAUUUCGACUCCCUGUUCGAAAACGAAGCCACCGGCCCCACAGAUCAGCCCGUCGACACUACUGCCCAAAAUCACGCCGUAUCCGACUUCGACUUGGACCUCGGCGUUGGAGACGACAGCAGCCAUCCCCUCCUGCGUGGCCUCGAAGACUUCGCCAACAGCGGAGCAGACAACACCAACACGUCCAAUAUUGGGUCCACGUCCAACGACUUUAGUAUGUUGGACCUACCUAAUGUGCCCGCUGCCGGAGCCCCGAAUUCAGGUGCUUUGGGCGUACUCGCUGGGGUGGGUGAUUUGACCUCAGGGGCUCCUCAGCAGCAGAGUGUGCCCGCGCAGGAGUCACAGGCGACAGACGAUAUUAUGGACCUUGACGUCGAGGCAACCAAUUUUGACGACCUUUUCCAGUGGGAAGAUAACCAAGAAGGAACGCAGUUCGAAGAUCAGUUCUUGGAUUUUGGCAAUUAGGGG